UUGGUAGCAUUUAUCACAGAGAAGACUUCUUCUUGCCAAAUUAUGCGACAAUGGAGAACGAUUUUAAGGUCUUUGUGUACCCAGGGAGAGACCCUACAACGUGUUAUGAUCCAAGAGACAAGCUCAAGAGAAAAUAUGCAAGUGAACAUUACUUCUUGAAGAAUCUGAUACCCAGUUCGUUCUUCACAGAUGAUCCUACUGUGGCUCAUCUCUUCCUGAUUCCCUUGUCUUGUAAGAAAACGGGAGGCAGGGAGGAGAAGGAUAUCGAGAAUUAUGUCAAGAGCUUGAUUUCCUCAUACCCUUACUGGAAUAGGACUUUAGGUGCUGAUCAUUUCUAUUUCAGUUGCCAUGGCAUUGAUAGCGGGACUAUUGAAGAAGUUCCAUUGCUCAUGAAGAAUGUAAUUCGACUUGUUUGUUCACCAAGUUAUGACUCCAAGUAUAUUCCGCACAAGGAUAUUUCCCUCCCGCAGACAUUAGAGCUCUCUCUUCAUGAUGGAGACGACGUGUGGAGCAGGUCAACUGUGAUGUCUCGCCCUUUAAUGAUUUACCCAGAGAUGAUGCUCCCUCGCAGGACUAAACUCGGUUUCUGGGCUGGUUCUCUUAACUCAGAUGUAAGAAAGAAUCUUCAAGUUUUUUAUAAAGGUGCUCCAGAAUUUAACUUCCAUUUCUUCGACAAAAUGAAAAAGGCUGCCAUACUGGACGCUUAUGAAAAUGAACUGUAUGGGAGUAAAUUUUGCAUUUGUCCUCGUGGGAAUAAUCAUGGCGGUGGUGUUUGCUUAACGGAGUCGAUGACUUUUGGAUGUGUACCUGUUAUCUUGCACGACUACUAUGACUUUCCAUUCAAUGACGUUCUUGACUGGAAUAAUUUCUCUGUAAUUCUCAAAGAGGAACAUGUUCCCGAUCUAGAGAAAAUUCUUAAGGGAAUACCAGAAGAAAAUUACAAAAAAAUGCAUCAAAAUCUUCUUCAGGUUAGGAAGCACUUCCAAUGGAAUUCUCUUCCUGUCAAGUAUGAUUUGUUUCGCAUGAUUAUGUAUGAGCUAUGGCUGCGCCGCCACAUCAUUAAGUAUUGAACUGCUGGAAGAAGUUUCAACUUGUACCUUACAUAUGGUUUGAUAUCACUGCGUAAUCCUGAACAGCAAACACUUGAACAUUUUCCCCAGAUUGUUGGUUUCUGAAGU